AUGGCUACAGAACUCAACAACUUACUUAAAAAAUCCGUGAAUGUGAAAAAGCCAAGUUGCACAACACAACAGAAAAGGAAAAAGAAUAUUCACGAUGGUAUCAGAUUCACGUACUGUGUUUUUUCGGCUGAGUCAGAAGAUAUGUACAUAAAGAUUUUUCCCUACGCUUGCACAUUGUAUAUAAAUAAGUGUCUUCUUCGUUACAUACUCAUUCUAUAUCGUCGACAACGUCAAAAUAUGCAAAUUUUCGUGAAAACAUUAACAGGAAAGACAAUCACAUUGGAGGUCGAGUCUUCCGACACAAUCGAAAAUGUGAAGGCUAAAAUUCACGAUAAAGAAGGUAUUCCUCCAGAUCAGCAACGAUUGAUUUUUGCUGGCAAACAGCUUGAAGACGGACGAACACUGUCGGAUUACAAUAUUCAAAAAGAAUCAACUUUGCAUUUAGUUCUUCGUCUUCGUGGUGGUUGCAACACAUUUUCUUGUGGUGAUACCAUCGUUUGUGCACCGAAACAACAUACUGGUCAAUGUCCAGGUACAACUUAUCAUAACACUCCCUGUUGGAAAUGUACUGCCUACGGUCACAAAUGA